GUGGUGAGUGGCAGCAAUAAACAUGAGAUGUGGGCGGACGCCGCACAUCUCAUGGUGAUCAAUGGUGACAACCAACGAGUAUAGAUUAUAUACUCGUUGGUGACAACCUUCCUGUUACGUCAUGAGAGAAUUACCCGAGGGCACCAGUAACGUGUUUCAGUGUGUUUUGAGAAGGAUGGCAGACAGCCCAGCAGGACAGCCGAAGCGCGGCUAGCUGAGUGUCAGGGAGUGAGGCGCGGCGCUGGGCAGUGGGCACUGAGGGUUGUGGGGGGCGUGGUGUGAACUAUGCUGCGGCGGGACGCCGGGUGCCAGCGGGGGGCGGCUGGGGGCGAGGGCCUGCAGGAAUCCCAGCCCUCCACCCCCGGUGAAGACUGCAAGUUUGUUAAUUCUGCUCAUCCUGAGUCGGUUCUGAGUGGUCUGAAUGAUUUACGCAAGAGUGGGCAUUUUUGUGAUGUAACGUUGUGUGUGGAUGGACAAACCUUCCCCGUCCAUCGGUCUGUUCUAGCUUCCUUCAGUCCUUACUUCAGGGCAAUGUUCCUGAGCAACCUUGCCGAGUCUCAGCAGGAACACAUCACUCUGAGUGGUGUCGAGGCAGGCAUGGUGGCACUGCUGCUUGACUAUGCAUACACCUCAACCAUCACCAUUACUGAGGCCAAUGUACAGGCCCUUUUGAGUGCUUCAAAUUUGCUGGAGGUGGUGGCAGUGAGGGAUGCUUGCUGCAGGUUCCUUGAGCGCCACAUUGAUGCCACUAACUGUGUGGGCAUCCACUGCUUUGCUGAGGCCCAUGCUUGCCAUGACUUAACGAAGAAGGCUAAAGCUUACACUUUGAGGAACUUCAGUCAAGUCAUGAGUGGGGACGAGUGGCUCAGUCUGCCCAUGGAGAAAGUGGUUGAGAUCUUGUCAUCGGAUGAGUUGGAAGUGGAGAGAGAGGAGUAUGUGUAUGAUGCUGCCACCACUUGGCUCCACCAUUCCUAUGCCACUCGUUCCUCCAUCUUUCACAAGAUCCUGGAGUGUGUUCGGCUGGCAUUGGUAAGCCCGUAUUUUUUAGUGGAUGUUGUGGAAGGAGAGACGGCAGUGCGGACGUCCCCCGAAUGCAGAGUCAUUGUGGAGGAAGCCCGACUCUACCAUCUCCUUCCAGACCGUCGCCACCAGCUCACCUCACCAAGGACACGCCAUCGACGGAACACCAACACCACCACAGUGAUUGUGGCAGUGGGUGGGGAGGACAAUAAAUUGGUACUUCGUUCAGUAGAGUGUUUUGACCCACUGGCCCACAGCUGGAGGAGCCUCUCAUGCCUUCCCUUUGCUGUCAGCAAGCAUGGACUGGUGGUUUCUGGAGAGAAUGUUCUGUAUCUGGCUGGAGGAGAGUUUCCUGAUGGCACUGUGACUCGCUGCCUGUGUCGUUAUGACCCUGUGCUGGAUGAGUGGCACGACCUGGCCCCCAUGUCCCGGCCUAGGUCUGAACUGGGACUAGCAACGCUGGAUGGUUAUGUGUAUGCUGUGGGUGGAUGGGAUGGUUCUAACCGCCUGACUGAUGUGGAGCGUUAUGACCCACGCAGCAAUGCCUGGAGUCCUGUAGCCUCCAUGGAGCUUGGCCUCACUUCCCCUGCCAUUGCAGCAUGCCAGGGCAAACUGUAUGUGUGUGGAGGUGCCAUUUUAGAAGAUGGAGAUGGCACUGAGUGUGUUCAGAUGUAUGAUCCCCACACAGACACAUGGGAGCAGCUGCCCCACAUGAUCAUUCCCCGCAGCGGGUCAGCAGCGGCAGUGCUCCAUGGCCUUAUCUACAUCAUUGGAGGAUGGCAUGCCUCCACAGAGAACACAAACAAAGUGGAGAAGUUUGACCCAAGGACCAAGAAUUGGGAGACUGUGGCAAGCAUGUUUGAGCGCCGCUAUAGACCAGGCGUAGCUGUUGUGGAUGGCAAGCUGUACAUCCUUGGUGGUGAGGAUGGAUGGGAGCACUUCCACGACACUAUUGAGUGCUACAAUCCUGACACCAACACAUGGAGCCAGGUUGGAGAAAUGCUAACAGGACGUUCUUGGCUCUCCUGUGCUCCCCUCAGGGUCAAGAAAGAAAUUUUGGGGAACCUUGCGACUCCCAUGUCUUGACAUCCCCGAGCCUCCACCAACCAGGCACGUCAGGCCCUCUGGAAGUAGCUGGAGUGCGUACGUGCCAGCACUGAUCUUUGUCUGGCGGGAUGGAGAGCAGAAGCAACAUCUGGCAUGCUUGAGGUCUUGUAUAUAGAAAAGUAGGCCUAAUAUGAUUUAAUAUCUUCAGUACUACAACUUUGAAGUGUGCAGUAAUUAAUUCUUUUAUGUAACCUAUUUACUGAAAAAUUGACACACACAACAAUUAAUUCCUAAGCUUCACUUCAUGCUGAUAUUUAAGAAAAAUCACAUUGCACAAUCUGCUUCAAAUGUUUAAGAGUUAAAAAAAAUAAAUUCAUUACUGCUCAUUAUUAUUACCAGUGUAAAUUUUUAGGAUUGACAAGAAUCUCAAGGAUCUCCUAGUGUAUCAUGGCAUUAAUGAUAAGUAAUAGCCUGUAGUAAAACCACAUGCAAACAUUCCAUCAUCUUUACACACUAACUACAAACAAACAGUGAAUUGGAUAAUUUUUUAAUGUUGGUGUUUUUGUGAUAUUUUUUUUGUGACUCAAGCAUUUGUGUCUCAAUGUUUUUAUUGUCACUGAUGUGUAACUAUUAUAAUUUUGUUAAUUUUCAGUGAGACUGAAUCUAGAUGUAGUACUGACUUUUUUUAUGUAGAUCUGACUUUUACAAGGAGAGAGGCAAGUGCUGCUGGACAAGGUCAGUUGUGGGUUGCCACCUCCCACAUAGCUGGGCCCUGGUGGAGGCUCUUGCUCAGCUGAGAGGAAAGGGUCAUAUUUCUUGAUGGUUGUUGUGUUCAUGAUAUGUUCAUUUACUGUACUCAUACAAGGAUGGGAUAACAGGUAGCUCUUAAGGAACUAGUCUGUAAAAUUAGAUAACAUAUUUACACUCAUUUAUAUGCAUGAGGCAUAAUGGAUGUUGAAGUUUGGCUUUGGUUGGUUUAGAGGUUCUUUUUUGUCCUUGUAAUUGCUCUACAUUCAUAUCAUGGAUGAUAUGAUAGUUUUGUUGAGUGGAUAAGAAUCUUCAUUGAAUCUUGUGACGACAUUAGGAUUACUUAUUUAUGUAUUUAUUUUUAGUUAUGUAUUUAUUUAUUUUUUCAAAUCACAUAUGAAAGGUCUUAAGAGUGCCAUACUGUUCUCAGUAUCAUAUGUGUUAGGUUAGAGCCAGAAUGAUUUUUUAAAUUCAGUGUUAGUGCGAGAAGAAAUUAUUUCAUAUUGCUCAUUUAUGUCCAUACUUGUGAUUCUGCAUGAUCUCCUUUAGCUUUCUGUUGAAGCUAGGUAUAAUGGUAGUGACUGUCAGAGUGUAAGAGCUAAGAGCACAAAGUAGUGGGUAAGUAUUGAGCAAUGUUGUCUGUCCUUGCAAUAAUCAAAGGAUAUUUAUUUUUUAAAGAUGGAUGUGGUUGUAUUGACAAGAAGUAUUUUGCUGUGACUGUGUCUUUGUGUCAUGUUGUUAAGGACAUUUGUUGUGUUGUAUGCACUGAAAUCUCUCUUUUAGCUAUGUGACUAUUGAUGUAUCUAUUUAUGCACUUACUAUUUUUUUUAUAGUGAAUGUUUCCAGAAUUAUUGAGGUGUCCAUGGUGAAGCAUUUUGAAUUUCUCGCACAUAUUUUUCAAUACAGCUUUUUCUAUUUCAUUUAUAGCAUAAGGUAUAAUUUGGCCACAUGGGAAGAGUGACAGAAAGUGAGACAGCCAAGAGAGUGUGUAUGAGUCUGGUAGUUGUGUGAGGUAAAAGGUGAUAGCCCCCAGUGAUAUGGGAGGACAAAAUGAUGAAGUAUGCAAAAGAAAGGGUUAGAAAAAGAAUGGGAGGAUUAAAAGCUAAAAAGAAGGAAUAGUAGAACUGAUUUAAGUGUAAAUCUGUCACAGUCAUCUUUGGGGAAGCUUUGAGAGCAAUCAUCUGAUACAGAUAUAGAGGUAGAUUUUAGA